ACAAGUGGAAAAUUUACGGCGCAUUUCAAGUGCCAUUGAUAAAGCAUGGAUGAUUGAUGAACGAAGCUGGGAACUGUACUUGAAGUUGUAUAGAUAUUUUAAUCUCUUCGAACACUUUCACACCUACGAGGAAUGGGAAAAGUAUGAUGCUGCAGUGCGGAGUGUUUUCCGAAACGGUGCUGAAGAAAGCAGUGAAGAAACAUCGCCAAUGCGAAACACUGAAACCGAUGAACAGCCACUUAGCAAUGAAAGUGUUCUGAAAAACGCUCUGCAAAUGGUGUGCGACGUUCACGUUGCCUUUACUAUCUUAAGCGACUGCAACGUAGAGGAGAACGACACGCAGGAGCAGCAAGCACAUUUUGUUGGAAUUAUUGUUGUUGAGCCAUCGGUCCAGAUUCUAUUGAAAAUGUCCUCUCCGCAUCGUUAUGCAGAGCUGUAUUAUCUGACUUAUUUGAAGAGCGGCGGCGAUUGUGCCUGGUUAUCGACCGCCUAUUUCGCGCAGUUUCUUGCUUCCAGUUUUGUGGUUGAUGGGUUUGUGCACACAUGCAAAGUGAGUUCUUUGUGCGGACGCACACACACAUCUAAACACUUGAAAUGUUUUUUUGUACCUCGACAAGGUAGAGGAAUAAACUGA